AUGCUCUCUCAACAGAUUGAGGAAGACCAGACAUCCGUUGACGUGGGCGUGCCAUGCCACCCCCCACAGCAACUCCUUGCCACUUCCUGUCCUACUUCACUGCCAAACAAGAAAAGUUGCUUGAGAGCCUCUAAGGAGUUGGGGAUGGGGCUCUGGUGGACAUCAGGUCUGCUGGUGUUGGCGAUCCAGCCUGCAGAUGCCAUGAUGACGCUGUACGACCCCAAGCUGUGCUACAUCCUGGAUGGCUUCUUAGGUCUGUACGGCCUGGUAAUCACCGCCAUGUUCAUCAAGGAGAAGUUCUUUAAAACGAAGGGAGCGGCGGGUGGCGGCUACACGGGCACGAGAGGCCAGGGGGCCGAUGGUGACUUGCAGCUGAGAGGAGACCCGGAGAGAGGACGCAACCACUGGAUGAAGGAUAAUGCGACAUACACGGACUUGAAAAGAAGAACAGAAGAUGAGUAUCAAGAACUUCCUGUUAAAAGAGAACGAGCCCGAAAAAACAACCAGGUUUACCAGGGUCUUAGCCCAGCGACCAGAGACACCUACGAUGGCCUCCAGAAGCAGACGUUUCCGACCCGCUAGCCACACAUCGUGUUGAAUCAUCGGUCUUUUCCAUGUCUAAUCAAUCAAUCGUUACAGUUUCAUCCAUCCAUCCAUCAAUUUUCUUUACCGCUUCUCCUCACUAGGGUCGCGGGCUGCUGGAGCCUAUCCCAGCUAUCUUCGGGCAGGAGGUGGAGUCCACCCUGAACCGGUCGCCAGCCAAUUGCAGGGCACAUAGAAACAAACAACCAUUCGCACUCACAUUCACACCUAUGGGCAAUUUUAGAGUCUUCAAAUAAUGCAUGUUUUUGGGAUGUGGGGGAAAAACCGCAGUGCCCGAAGAAAACCCACGAAGACACGGAGAGAACAUGCAAACGCCACACAGGCGGGGCCGGGAUUUGAACCCCGGUCCUCAGAACUGUGAGGCAGAUGUCCUAACCAGUAGUCCACCGUACCACUGUUACAGUUUCAUAUCCACUGUUACAGUUUCAUAUAAUUAAAUAAUAGUGUAUCUGUAUAAUGUUAUUUUAUGUUAACGUAUAUUGUAGGCGGCAAUUGGGCUGCGAUUGGCCGGCGACCAAUUCAGGGUGUACCCCGCUUCCCGCCCAAAGAUAACUGGGAUUGGCUCCAGCACGCCCGCGACCCUAGUGAGGACAAGCGGUACAGGAAAUGGAUGGAUGGAUGUAUAUUGUAUAAUGAAAUUGUUACACACCAAAUCUAGUAGAUAGCGAUUGCUUUCUUUCUUCCAAUAUGUAUACGAAACAAAAGAGUUAAAUCGAUGUGUGUAAAUAAACAUAUUUCAUUUGGA